AUGGACGCAUUCCACUACGAAGAGGUGGCGUUGAGUGAGAUGAGUGUUGAUGGGAAUUUGCUGCGCUAUCCAUGCCCGUGUGGUGACCUCUUCGAGCUUCCCUUGGAAGAAUUCGCCGGUGGGGCGGACGUUGCCCAGUGCCCUACGUGCUCCCUCACGUUGCGUAUUAUUUGCUCCGAGGCGGAACGAAAGGAAUUCCUGCGCAAAUACGCCGUUGGCGGGGACGUGCUGUGCGCUGUCUCCACAUGA